GGCUGCGUCCCCUUUAAUUAACGCCACCACUGCUAGGCGGCAGCGAGGCUCCUGCUGUAGCCGCGGCGGCAGCGGCUGGAUCCAGGGUCCAGUUUGGGGCGGCAUGGCAGAGGGGACUGCGGGUGUUCUGUCCCAGGGCCAAACCCCCAGGAGUCCUGUCCUCAGGAGCUCCUUGAGCCGACUUCCACCCAGGGAGGGGGAGCUUCAGGACGCCUGCUGUGUUCUCCGGACUCCCUUUCAGAUCCGAUUUUGGCCCCCUCCGAGUGAGAUAUGGUGGGCUCACCACAUCUUGUGAAGCAGGCAGGAUCUCGCUGCAGCACAGAAUGAUCCCACAGGUCUCAAGGCGUAGUGCCAGCUGAAAAUUCACUGAUCGAUCAGCCCUCUGUUUCUCUCCUCCUUUGAAAGAGCAGUGGCCUGUCCCGUUUCUAAAAGCCCUGGGGCUCCAGAAGGCCGACUGCGCUUUACAGGACAUGUGCAAACAGGAACAGGGGCGAAUCCGAGGUGGAGACCAUGUGACCACGCGUGGCACUGGCGUAUCUCACAGGAGAUGGUGUGAUUGUGUGUCACCCGAGGCAUACGGGGCGAUGUCGAAGAAAACGGUGGUGUCCAGGCGUGGUCUGUUGGAAGGGUGGUACGAGUGACCUUUCAACCAAUGUCAAGGAAAAUCAAAGAACACCUGGGACCCGUGGGGUUGGUGGGGCCUGUGCCUGACCCAAGCCGCGUAUUCAAAUGCCUUCCAGAGUAGCAAAGAGGUUUCUGCAAAAUUCGUCCCACCCCUAUCCUCCACCGCCCUGGUCGCCCUGUUGCAACUUCCGCUGCACCUAGCCCCAACUCCAGCCCAAGCUCCAGUCGAGUCCCUUUGGUUCCCUGACAUUGGUUUCAGCCAGAAGUUCAAGGGAGUCAAUCCACCCAGGAGGAGAGGAGAGGAUGUCCCUGAAGAAUGAGACAGGAAGUGCAGAGGAAAUGCGUCACCACCUGUCCUAUAAGACAAGGGCGGUCACAGUUUCCUAGUGCUCAUACUAGGCAAUCCACCCACCCAUGAGGGGAAACUUGGAGAAGAAGGAAGCUUCCCUGUCUGAGACAAGUGUGGAAGCCAAGAGCUCCAGGGUCAUGAGACGUGCCCAAUCAAGCAGAAACACAUUUGGAGAGAGAAACAAUCAUGAGACGGAUCUCCAGGAAGUGUCUCCCUGACAGACUGGGAAGUCAUCUUUAUUGAAGACAUUUGGCCAGAGCGAGAGGCAUCCAGGCCCCUGAGAAACAGGGGAGUCAGAGCAAGAGGGAGGACAGAGCAGAGGCCAGAGCCCAGGCAGGAUACAGCAUCGUGCCACCGCCACGGGCAUAAGGGGCGGUGAAUUUCUAUCCCAGCUUUGCCAUGGACUGGCUGCAUUUCCCUAGGCACGGCACUCAUCCUAACUGAUCCCCAGUUUCUUGCCUCUAUCAAAAGAAACUAAUGUGAAUGGAAGUGGCAUGUGUCACAGUGAUGAGUGUUCCUGAUGCACAGCAGUUGCGCACUUCCAGUUUACUGGGGUUGGAAAGCGUGUGUGGCAGUAAGAGGAUGUUCCAGUGACUGGAUCCUUUCCAGCUGGUGCCUGGGAAAUGGCGGCCACUACUAAUUCAGCCUUGAAGACAGUACCGUGCCCACUUAGCACCAUUACGUAGAAGACAGAACUCAAGAGAUAAGAGAGCCGCCCUGCCUGGAGCUAGCCUGGGGGCGAGCCAGGGUCCCCCAACCCCCGGGAUGACCGCGGCCAGCCGGGCCAACCCCUAUAGCAUCGUGUUAUCGGAGAACGACGGGCUGCACCUGGUCAUCAUGUCGGGCGCCAACGGCUUUGGCAACGGCAAGGUGCACACGCGGCGCAGGUGCCGCAACCGCUUCGUCAAGAAGAAUGGCCAGUGCAACAUUGAGUUCGCCAACAUGGACGAGAAGCCACAGCGCUACCUGGCUGACAUGUUCACCACCUGUGUGGACAUCCGCUGGCGGUACAUGCUGCUCAUCUUCUCGCUGGCCUUCCUUGCCUCCUGGCUGCUGUUCGGCGUCAUCUUCUGGGUCAUCGCGGUGGCACACGGUGACCUGGAGCCGGCUGAGGGCCGUGGCCGCACACCCUGUGUGAUGCAGGUGCACGGCUUCAUGGCGGCCUUCCUCUUCUCCAUCGAGACGCAGACCACCAUCGGCUACGGGCUGCGCUGUGUGACGGAGGAGUGCCCGGUGGCCGUCUUCAUGGUGGUGGCCCAGUCCAUCGUGGGCUGCAUCAUCGACUCCUUCAUGAUUGGUGCCAUCAUGGCCAAGAUGGCAAGGCCCAAGAAGCGGGCACACACGCUGCUGUUCAGCCACAACGCCGUGGUGGCCCUGCGUGACGGCAAGCUCUGCCUCAUGUGGCGUGUGGGUAACCUGCGCAAGAGCCACAUUGUGGAGGCCCAUGUGCGCGCGCAGCUCAUCAAGCCGCGGGUCACCGAGGAGGGCGAGUACAUCCCGCUGGACCAGAUCGACAUCGAUGUGGGCUUCGACAAGGGCCUGGACCGCAUCUUUCUGGUGUCGCCCAUCACCAUCCUGCAUGAGAUUGAUGAGGCCAGCCCGCUCUUCGGCAUCAGCCGGCAGGACCUGGAGACGGACGACUUUGAGAUCGUGGUCAUCCUGGAAGGCAUGGUGGAGGCCACAGCCAUGACCACCCAGGCCCGCAGCUCCUACCUGGCCAAUGAGAUCCUGUGGGGUCACCGCUUUGAGCCCGUGCUCUUCGAGGAGAAGAACCAGUACAAGAUUGACUACUCGCACUUCCACAAGACCUAUGAGGUGCCCUCUACGCCCCGCUGCAGCGCGAAGGAUCUGGUGGAGAACAAGUUCCUGCUGCCCAGCGCCAACUCCUUCUGCUACGAGAACGAGCUGGCCUUCCUGAGCCAUGACGAGGAGGAUGAGGCGGACGGAGACCAGGACGGCCGAAGCCGGGACGGCCUCAGCCCCCAGGCCAGGCAUGACUUUGACAGACUCCAGGCUGGCGGCGGGGUCCUGGAGCAGCGGCCCUACAGACGGGGGUCAGAGAUCUGAGCCAACCUUGGCCGACAUGCAGCAUCCACCCCAGGCCGGGGAGAAGCCCUGCGGUCACUCAGGGGCCCCGGGUUUGAGCAGAACGGGCCCAGUGCCCUGGGUUGCAGACUCAGUAGCGUUUUAGUCAUUUUAUGUUUCUUUGCAACGGCCUCAGAAGGUUGGCCGGAGAGGGGGCAGCCAGAGCGGCAGCCCCCGGCCUCAGAGGCUAUCACAGGCUCAGGGCAAAGAAGUGGCCUCCUGGGGGGCCAGGCCACGAGGGCCAGGGCUUCUGCCUGAAGAUGGAGCUGCAGCCUGCGGGGAAGCAGCUCAGUUCGAUGGUGGGCCCAGCCUCUGCUGUCCAAGGCUGGCUAGCUGCGGUGCUCCUUGCUGGUUUUUACCUUGGGGAGAAACACCGGGUUUCAGCUUUCUCGAACUUAGCUUGGGUGAGAUUGUUUAC